AUGGGUUGUGCAGUUGGAUUAUUAACAACUUAUUCAGUUGAAGAAGUUGAAUCCGAAGUAGCUAAAUUAACUCCUCAUUUACCAAUGGCUGAAUUGAUGAAUGGUGGAAUAAUAAAACUAGGAGGAGCAAAUGGAUUUUUUAAUCCAAAUUCUCUUCUUGAUCCAAGUUGGUUAAAAGGUAAAAUGACAGUCGAAGAAUAUCAACAAGCAAUUAAUUACAUUAAUAAAUGUGCUGCUCAUAGUCAGAUUGGUUUAACUAAAGCGUAUAAUACAUCCGAAGGUCCAAUGCGUUUAAAUUUACGAACUCAAGCUGGCAUGAGAGCUGUAGAAGAAAUUAAUCAAAGACAUCGUGGAGUGAGAUUUACUUAUCAACAAACUGUUCAGAAUCUUCAAAUGAAUGUUUCAUGGGAAUUGGAUCCUACACAAAAAGUUAUGUUAGCAGGAAGAAGUCCUGUUGGACAUGCAACACUAACUAUUCUUUAUAUUACUAUUAAUUAA